CCCCUCGAGACUGAAGGAGAUCAUCGACAGACACACACACACACAGAGGAAGAACUUCAUUCAGUGUGUGUUUCAUACAGUUGCCGAUCUGCGAGUGUGUGAGCAUGACGAUGAGCGUCUCGCUGUCUGCUGCGCUCCUGGUGUGUGCGUGUGUGUGUGUGAGCGAGAGCUGCACCUGUUUUCCAGCUCAUCCACAGGAGUUAUUCUGCAGUUCUUCGAUAGUGAUGCGAGCUGAGGUAACUGGGGAGAAGAUCUUACCAGGAGAGAUAAAUAUAGAUGGUAUGGGGGAAGUUCAAUAUGACAUCAAAGUGUUGAAGGUGUUCAAAGGUUCAUCUGAAAGAAUAAAGAAAAUCAAGUAUGCCUCUACAAGUGAGAUGUGUUCAAUGUGUGGGAUCAGACUGAAUCACGGCCAGUAUCUGCUGUCAGGAGAGUUCAUGAAUGAUGAGGGAAUGUCUAUUACACUGUGUGACCUCAUUAUGCGCUGGGACAGUAUCUCCUUAAUGCAGAAGAACAACUUCAAAUACAGAUAUCAGAAAGGCUGUGAAUGCAAGAUCUCCAGCUGCACUGAUCAGGCCUGUCAGCCCAGCUCUGAGAACGAGUGCGUGUUUGUUGAAUGGUCUUCUUCGUGGUCAAAGUUCGCCUGCAUCAGAAACAGCAACGGCUCCUGCAGCUGGUACACAGGAACGGCCAAAAACCACACACAUACACACGUCUGACGUCUGCAAACCACACACACACCCAUUAAGUCUGAGUGGAAAACAAACUGCUUGAUGUUGAUCGACUCUGAACACAAGCAAGGCCUUUAACCUCCUGCAACCACCCAGAAUACUUUGCAUCAGAUUAUUAGCAUGUCGUAUUAGUGUAAUGCUUAUAUGACGACACAUUGUUUCUUUUAGGUCAUUUGAUUUUCAAAAAAAACCAACAACAACAAAAACAGAAAUUCUGCUUGUUUUUUGCAUUUUAAAAAGAAGGGUUUUAGGGCAAAUACGCCGUUUUCAACUGAUCUGUAAUGCCUAAAGAUAUCAGGAAGAUUCUGCAUGAGCCUUUCCUACAUUUACACUUCUAAAUUAAUCUUUAGUAUGUUACUAUUUAUCUGCAUAAUUUUGGCUUGCUGAAAUUUUAUGAGGUAUUUUUUUUUACAAGUAAUAAAACCUAAACAUUAAAAUAAAAAUGUGCAGGAAUUUAGGAAGCUGC